CGGGCAGGAGCAGCUCUUAGUGCCAAUUUCUGGGAGCAUGGGUCCGGUUCGAUCACUUUCCGUCUGUCUGCUCCUCCUCCUGGUGACCUUGGGGGUCGAGAGCGCCCGUCUCCCGGCGGACGUCGGCUCCCUCCCGCACACCAUCUCCCUCCGCCGAAACGGCCAGCACGUCUGCGGCGCCGCCCUCAUCAACGCCAAGUGGGCCUUGACCGCCGCCCACUGCGUCAGCCUGAGCGGUGGACAACAAAGCUAUCCCCCUCGCUCGUAUACCGUCCGCUGUGGCAGCAUCCAGCGCCUGGUGGGUGGCCAGCUGCUGCCCCUUUCCCAGAUCAUAAUCCACAAGAACUACUCCAGCUCGGGCUCCCCCGGGGCCAACGACCUGGCUCUCUUGGAGCUGCAGACCCCCGUGACCCUGAACACCAACACACAGCCCAUUGCCCUGGCCGAGGAGCGUGCUCCGGCUGGCUCCCAGGUGAGCUUCGCCGGGUGGGGCUCCUCCGCCAUUGACGGCUCCCCCAGCCACGCACUUCAGGUGGCCACCCGCGUGAGCUUGAGCAAGGAGGAGUGUGACACGACGCUUUACCUGGAGCAGGAGGAUCUCCUCUGCCUCUCGCCCAGUACGGAGGACACCGACUUAUCCGGUUUGUGUUCCGGAGAUGCUGGAGCUCCGGCUGUCUACAACAACCAGCUGGUCGGCAUUGGCUCCUUCUUCGCCGGAGGCUGUGGCUCCGGCCAGCCCGAUGGCUAUGUGGACGUCACCCAGCACCUGGACUGGAUUACCGAGAAUACUGCUUGAAUAAUAAUAAUUCCAAAUACUCGCCCGGAAAAAGGAUGUAAUAGGAAAGAUAGACUUUUAAAGACUUUUAAACAGAUAUUCUGAAAACGAAACAAAAUAAAAGAUAAAUUUCAAUUAAAA